AUGAAAGAAUUAGGAAAGGAUGUCCCUGUCGUGCCCAUUCAAGGAAUUGCAGAAUUUGUUCAGGAUGUUCGUCUACGGAAAAUCUUCGGAGCUCACAAGCUCACUUCGAAAACAUUACGACUGCUGAUGGAUCUCGUGUCGAAAGAAUCAUGGAGUACGGCCGAAGAACUGCUGACGUUGAUUCGUGGUCAGGGUCGCUUUCUGGCAGAAGCUCUUCCUCAUGAUAUCGUAGUAGCGAACACCAUUCGUCGUGUAAUGAAAAUAGUGCGCGAAGAGUAUGAUUCCUCCCACUUCGACGACGGUCAAAGCAUACUUUCACUGCACAAGCUUGUAACACAGGCGGCUGAUCCGGAACGGGACGAUUACUCGAAGCCGAUGCCUGGUCUAAAGAACGCAUUGGUGGAUCAUUUAUUGGAAAUAGAAACCGAACUGGAAACGACAGGCGACAGCAUAUCUGCGCAAGCCGCUGAACACAUUCAUUCGGCAGAACUGAUCAUGACGAUCGGGUACUCGCGGGCGGUAGAGAAAUUCCUCCGCAAAGCAGCCGAAACUCGUCCUAUCGAGGUAGUUGUGGUAGAGUGUGCACCGGACUGUCGAGGACAGCAGCUGGCAGCCAAUCUUGGACGGGCAAAGAUCCAAACGACACUUAUUUCCGACGCGGCCAUCUUUGCAAUCAUGUCACGCAUCAAUAAGAUCAUCAUCGGAACGCAUUCGGUGCUGGCGAACGGUGGUCUACAGGCUGUUUGUGGAACAUACAGCUUGGCUUUGUCUGCGAAACAUUUUUCCGUACCGGUGUGUGUACUGGCCCCUACGUACAAGCUGACUCCGGUGCAUUUAUGCAACUACGAACAGGGUGACUUCAAUAUUCUAGGCAACACGGAAGCGGUUCUGCCCUUCAAAAGCUUGGCGGCACGAUUCACAAAAGCAUACAAUCCGCUAUUUGAUUACGUACCGCCGGAACUAGUGACACUCUUCGUAACGAAUAAUGGUUCAAAUGCUCCUUCAUAUAUAUAUCGUUUGAUAGGAGAACUAUAUCAUCCGGACGACAACCAACUAUGA